AUGGAGGUAAAGUCCAAUUAUGGAUCGACCAAGAACUCACUAGAGAAUGAUAACAUCUUAACCCGUAUGUAGACAGAACUCAAACUAAUCGUAUUCAGAGUUUUCUUCCUGAUUUUAAAAGAUGAAGAAUAAUCAAUCGCAAUUCAAAUCUUUCUGUAAGUCAUCUCCUUUUUUUAAUAUCUCACAUUUAUCUUUCAUCGUCAACUUUAUGUGGUUUGGAAGAACUAGAAAGUAUCCUAUCAAUUGUAUAAAUUCUUUGGAUAUUUCAUGCUAACUCCCUAUUUUGAAAUGCUCAACUUUUCCAGCUUUGCAUCAAUGAUGUACGCAUUAAUAGGUAUCAUCUUCAUGUCCAUUAUGAUACUCCUACUAAUAGGAUACUCUAACGUCAUUAAAAUCAACUCUUCAUAUACUUGGCCUAUUUAUAUCCUCAAAUUGAUUUUCAUCUUAUUUACCACAAUACUCUAUUUACCAAUACUUGACCUUUUUUUUCAAAUACUUAAUUGUCACUAUGACGAUAAAGAUCAACUCAAAAAUGUUGUAUUUAAUAACACAUGUUGGCAAGGUUCCCAUGUUAUUCAUGGCGUCGUAGCCAUACUAGGAAUUGUUCUCUUCGUUGUCAUUACUAUGACAUUUAAUUUGCUAUACUUUGAACCAAAAUAUAAUCACAAGGAUCAGUUGUCCAAGACUUCUGGAAGAGCCAAAACCUUUAAAUUCUUUUACUUCCUCAUAUUGGAAAUCUCCUUUGUAUUAAUAGAUUUAGAUCAAUUUGACUAUGUUGCUAUCUAUAUCAUUUUAAUAGGAGCAUUUGUGACUUUUUACAAAUUACACAUAGAACAACCUUUUAACCAUGUUGCUAUGCAAAAGAUUUCAUCCGUAUAUGCAGCCCUAAUGCUAUGGAGUGCUCUAUUGAUAUGUUUUUCUCAUUAUCUAGAAGACAUCAUAUUUCACGGUACCAUCUAUGCCUGGCUCAUUGGUCUACCUCUUAUUGCAUUUGCUACUUCGAAAAAGGAGAAGUAUCUUUAUGAUCUAUUAUUAAUGAAUAUCAAUAAAACUGAAGAUCCCAAUCAAAUCAUACUACUAACUAAUUAUAUCUAAAAAUUAUUAUCAAGAUAUCAAACUAAUUAACACUUUCACAUCAUGUUGGACGCACUAAUCGAGGUACACAAAAAUACUUGCUAAAAAGAGGACUGUGUUUUCAGGAUAAAAAAGCAAUUAAACUAAAGAUUGGUUAAAUUAAAGGAUGAAAAUAUUUCUCAUCGGGAUUAUUAAAUACAUUUACUCCUUGGAGAGAUCUAUUAAGGAUACAUUAGAAGACAUUAAAAUAAUGUGAGAUUAAGAAUUAAUUAUGCUUUUUAUUUACUUGAUUUUUUGAAAUAAAAAUAAUAAGCCCUAAAUGAAUUUAAUUAAAUUGAAUUGCUCUCUCCUAGUUUAGAUAACGAAUUCAUAAUUUUUAGAUACAAGAGGAUAAUAGAAGAUGAAAUGAAUAUAACAUAAAAUGAAACAAUCAGUGGUAAUUUAGAUGUUGCCACAGAAUUAACAUUUUAAAAUAAUAUGAGAUAAUUUUAGAAUAAGAUCGAGAGAGCAACCUUAAUGCAUAUGGAUUUUUGGUCACAACUACAGGAGGAUUAACCUGAUUUAGGUAAAAUGAAUGAAAUUGGUUCAAAAAUCAAUUUAGCUAUUAUUUAAGUAGAAGAAUUAUGGAAUAAAAUGUAGAAGAUGACUUAAAAUCUACCUAAAGCUAUGAGGUUAUAUGCCAAAUUUAUAAUUGAAGUACUCCAAGACAAAGAUUUUGGAGAAGAAUUAUUAGAAAAAUCUAAGAUACUCCAGGCUUAAAAUAAUAAGAUGAAAAACAAAUAAACUAUUUAGGUAUUUAGCAGUGACGACAUUAAUUUUGAGCCACUGCCAACUUUGUUAGUAUCGACAUCAUCAGAUAAAUUUGCUUAAAUAAGUAAUUUGAAUUUAAGUGUAUGCAAUUUGUUUGGUUAUCACAAAACAGAAUUGAUUAAUAGGAAAAUAAACUUGUUGAUUCCCCAAGUCUAUGCUAAGUUUCAUGACAAUUAUAUGGAAAUGUUUAUGUAGAGCAACGAUCAAUAGAAGCUUAUGAAGGAGAGAUUAGUUUAUAUAAAAUUAAAGUCAGGGUACAUUCUCCCCUGUUACUUGUAUAUGAAGGUAUUACAAUCAUUUGAUGAUAACAUUUUGAUUGCUGCUUAGUUUAGAACAUUAAGAACUUUUAAAGCAGGAUGCUAUCUAAUUCUUGAUAGUGAUGAAGUAAUUGAAAGUAUAUCCUCAUCUUGCAUUUGCAACUUGUUUGUAGAUUAGAAGAUGAUUAGCCAUCGAAAGAUCUAUUUUCAUGAGCUUUUUCCAAAUUACAACAGAAAUGACUAUUUAAAUAAGACAGGCUGUGUCAUUAGUUUUAACUUGUAAUCAAAUAUAGUAUCGAAUUCAAAUUACCUUUAAUAUUAUAUUAAUGACUUGGAAGAUUAGACCUAGAUUUUAUUUUAGAUUUAAAUUACUGAAAUUUCAAAUGAGCAUCAAGAUCAAGUGAUGGGCUAUGUGAUAAAAUUAGAGAAGGUAUCAAAUGAAUAGAGUUAAAUUUUAAGUCCUGAUGUACAGCAAUAAUUGGUAGUACCAAAUACACACAUGAGUAAUUUUUAAUUUAAGUAUUUCCCAUCAAAGGCCUUAUAUAUUGGUGAGAACCAAGAGGAAGGUAAUUCAGCUAGGGUGGAUUAAACAGUAAUUUGGGAGUAAUCGUCUAGAUUGAGUGAAGAAACACAAGCUGAGAAGAAGGAAAAGGUUGAAGAUGUGAAGGUAGAAAAAAUAAAUUAUGCAGAAGGAAUAAGAACAUUAAAAUUAUUUGAUAAUAGGAUUUAAGAUAUUGAAGAUAUUAGAAUGAGCUUUUCUGAAUCCGAUGAAGUUCAACAUUCAAGUGUUUUUUAAAAGAAUUCAGAUAAUCCAGAUGAGAUUGAGUAAGGUUAAAGAAAUAAUGUAUUUAGAAAUAGAAAAGCUUUAAAUUCAACAAUAAAUGAUCAAUAAAGACCAUAAGUAAUAGUUUAUUUAAGUUGGGCCAUCAAUAUAUUAAUGAUAACUGUAUUAACCUUAUCAUUUACAUCCUAUUUUUUAGGAUUGUUUUUGUUUGAAAAUGUUCAAAAUUCAUUAAACCUUAUCAAUUAUGUAAGUUUGAGAAAUCAAGAGUGUAGUCAAAUUGUGAUGAAUGUACAGAAUUUGGAAAUGCUUAGGAUAGGAAUCUGGAAUAUGACUGAAUCUGAAGCUAUUGCAUAUGAAAAAGAAUAAAGAACUGAAUUGAAUAGUUCUAUUUUUUCAUUAACAGAUGCAAAUAAAAAGAUUAUGUUGGACGAUCUGUACAUCAAUGAAGAAAUUGAAGAAUUGCAUUCCAAAAGUGUUGUGAAUGUUAGGAUUUCAAAAACCAGUUUUUCUAAUUAUGAUUUAAUUGAAGCCACUUAAUAAAUAAUAAGUAAAGCACUUCUAGUCAGAGAUAAACCACUAUAAAAUCUGACUUUGGAUGAUGAAGAUGCUACGUUUAUUACUUACAAUCUACAAAAUGGAAUUGUAUUUUAAUUUCGAAAUGAGACAAACUAAUAUUCCUAUGGAAUAAAGAAUUUAUCUAUACAAAACGUUGAAAUCUUUUUUAUUUUUAUGAUAGUAUCAGCCUGUUCCUUUUUCAUCCUAUUAAUCAUACUAGUGAUGUUUAUUUUCUAGAUAAAUUAGAUAUAAGAGUAAAUAUUGCAAUUGUUUAUGGAAAUCCCAGAAAAAACAGUUAAAUACUUGUAUAAUAAGAGUGAAAAUUUUAUAUCAAAUUUGUAAGUUGGAGAAGAGGAAGAAGUAUCCUCUGAUUUAAGUGAUGAAGAAUAGGAUGAACAUAAAGAACUCAGCAGAACCCUCAAAUCAAAGAGGAAAAAGAAAAUCUUUAAAAAUACAAAUUCAUUCCACCGCUCUCAAAUUAUAAUAAUCACAUUUAUACUUGUUGUCUUUUAAGGAUAUUUCUUAUUAAAUUAUUUUCUAAAUCAAGUUACUUAUAAUAACUUGAAGUAGUAGAUACCAGAAUUGAAUGUUACAGCCAGAUGCAGUUCCUUUUAUAGAUUUGUUGAUAAUUGCGAGAGGUAGCUAUUUCUCAACCCUAAUGAACCAAUCCUUCUUGAGAAUGCAUACUAAGUUGUCAUGGAUAACAUACAAUAAAAUUACGAUAUUGACUCAGAUUUGCAUUAGGAACAUGCUAAAAAUUCAGAAAUAUAGAAUUCUAAUUACUACGAUACUUUCUAAUCCAUUUUCAUGUUAAAUCCUUGUGAUACCUUUGUGUAAUAUGGAUAUACAACAAUUGAAUAUUGUGAAUCAUUUGCAAAUGGGUCAAUCUAGUAAGGGAUGGCAGUAGCAAUAGCAAGAUAUUUUGAGAAUGUCAGGUACAUAAUGACAAUUUAUGACAUGUUUAAUGGACACCCUGAAGUGAAUUUUAGUGUCGCUGCUAGAGGUUGGGGUAGAUUUAGAAACAUAACCAACGACUCUGACAAUGUAACCAAUUACAUCUAUAAUUUGAACAAUUUCAAACAGACCAGUGAAUCACGUAUUAUGUAGAAUGUCUUUAUAAAAGGUAAAAGUAUUUGAUAAUUUUGCAUAGCUGCUUUUAGAUAUUUACUUGAUGAAUUCUUGACAGCCUUGAAAUAUGACAUUGAAGUAACCUAAACUUAGUUAUUGGCAGUAUUCAUAGUAUUCGAAGUGCUGAUAUUUUUUGUGUAUUUCAUAGUCUGGUUACCAGCUUAAAUGAAAAUGACAAGAGACAUCUGGAGAACAAAAGGAUUGAUAAUGAUGAUUCCGUUGCGUGUGAUUCAGAAGAUCAAAACUAUAAAAGAUUUUAUUGGCAUAUUGGUCCACAGUUAAGAUAAGUGA